CUACCGGCGCCUUUGGCGUGGGGAGGGUUGUCGACCGGGCGUAGUGCGGCGUGGUGACGAGUGUGGCGCAGGAUGGCGCUCACACGCUGGCCCCGUGGAUUCCACGGACUGGUGCCGGUGACUCUGUUGGUGGUGGUGGUGAUGGUGCUGAUUACGAGUUUUUUAAUCCUCUCCAGCGACAACCGCUGGGGUUUUGAGGACACACCUGCCACCGCCACACGAAUGCGUGACUGCUACCGAGGCCUGCAGAAAGAAUACUACAAACAAGUACCACGUGACACCAGCCCGGAAGCGGAAAACUUUCGGCGGAAGGCGUGGCGACUAACCGCGGCCGUGGUGCGAGCUCUCGAUAAAUUGCACGUGCUGCACUGGCUCGGAAGUGGUUCACUGCUAGGUUUUGCCCGUCAAUGCGACAUCGUGCCGGUGAUGGGCGAUGUCGACAUUGAAAUCGCCGUCGAGAGUCUCUGGAAACAGAACAUCACAGUGGACCACCUCCUGAAAACGAUCAGGGCUGAAGGUCCACGGCUGAAACUUUUGUUUGGAAGGCCAGAGGACAGCCUUGAAAUGACGCUCGUGGAUGAUUCAGGAACAAAGUUGGAUUUGUUUUUCUCGUACCCGGACGCCAAUGGCACGAGGUUUACUAAUGGAAUGGACUCAGGAACAUUAGAAAGAUACAAGUGGCCGUACCCGGACUUUGAGCUCUGCUGGUCGCUCCUGGACGGUCUGCGUAUCGGCAUUCCCUGCGAGCCCAACCACUACCUCCGGAUCGCCUACGGACCGGACUGGGCCUCUCCUCCUCAGAAGAAGUGGGACUACCGCACCGGACGCUUCAACGUCGUCAGGAACGGGUACUGGCCCGAGGAGAUGAGGAACGAGGUGUUCCAGACCUUCGAGGUCUGAGGUCGAGUGGGGUUUGGAGAUGUGGUAGGUACUGAUCCAGGUGAUGGUGGAUGGUGUAAGGGUUAAUAUUGGGGCUCCAAGGAGGACACGACACGAGGACUGGUGGUUAAGUUCGAGCUCUAAUUCUACGUGUAUUCUGAGGAAAGACUUGAGAGCUCCAGCAGUCAGCUGUGGUGCUCAAAGUCUCAGAAAGAUGAUGUUAUGCCUCGAUGGCGAUUGAUUGAUGACCCAGGAUUAGUGGCCGGUGGUCCAAGGCCAGUGCUUAGUGACCAAAGGGCCAAUGGUCGAUGACUAAAUGGUCAGUAGUCAGUGACCAGGACCAGCGGUCGAUGACCAAAGGACCAGCGGUUCAGUGACCAAAGGACCAGCGGUCGAUGACCGUUGGUCUAAUGUGGUGACUGGUAUCCAGAGGUGAAAGUAAGGCUGUUUAUAGGUCCAGUGUUAUAUGCGAUGGAUGGUGUUAUGUGUUAUGUGUCG